AGUCAGAGAGCUGCAGAGAGAGAGGAGGCUGAAACCGCCAAACUCUCUGUCAGUCCUGUCAAGCAUGUCGCUUUCUGCGUCUGCAGGGACUUCUACUACCAAAAUACAGAAGACUGAGAGGUUACCAAUGAUUCUACCGAUAGAGAGGUGUUGUUAAAGCAGAGGAAGAUGUCUGUUUAUCUCUGGAUUUGGUGCAAACUGCUGCUGCUGCUCUGUGAAGUUCAAGCUCAAGUGGAAAGUGAGUUUCUAGACCGGGUUGUUUUCCUGCCGGGAACAUUUCAGAACGUGAGCGUCUCGCGGAACGAGACGGUGCAGGCCGUGGUGUCCAGGAUCGCCUCGGACGUCGCGUUCGUCACUCUGCAGUUCCACACGCAGCACCGCAACGCCACGCUCUCCUACACCAAGAUGCCGGCUCUGGGUUCCUCUCUGACAGCGGUGGACCCGGGGCUCCUGUCGACUCUCCUGCAGGGCCAAGUGUCCCUCUCCUUGUUCCUGUCUUCUCUUAACGAGGACACUGUGGCGGGCACCGGGGUCAUCCUCCCAUACUCCAGCACCGAUCCGGUCCCUGGAGCUUGUAACACGGAGUCCAACCUGGACAUCGACCCAAACGUCUACAUCCACUACAACCUCUACGAGACCACGAUCCGCUUUGCACCGGCAAACUUAGGAUAUGAGAGGGGAGAAACUCCUCCGGUCUGCGACGAAUCGACAGAAGCCAACACGCGCUGGCGGCUGCGGUAUGACAUCUACCAGUACUUCCUGCCCGAGAACGACCUAUCGCAGCGCAGCCUGUUCAGCGGCGUUCAGGCCGUGGCCGACGUCCAGGGCAUGCUGCAGAACGGCAAACGGGUCACGACGUUGUUAUCAUCAGAUAGGACCAUGGCGGUGUUCAACUCCAUCCCCGGGCAAGGCGUCGUCUACUCCAUCAUCGUCAGAGACCCGCUGUUGAACACGUCGGCCUCCUACGUCCCCGUCCACACCUACGCCUGCAGCUUUGCUUCCACUCUGGACGGCUGUCAAACACUUGGGAGGAUAUCUACGAGGAUUUUCUUCACCAUCGCUGGCUUGGCUGGCCUGUUUGUCUGCUUCUUCGGGCAUCGAUUCUUCAAAAUUGAGUUGUUCUGCAUGGGAUUUAGCUUUGGAACGUUUUUCUUCUUCGUGCUGAUCACACGGACCACCGGACUGGACUACGACAUCUGUCUGGCCGUGUCGGCGGUGAUCGGCGUGGUGGGCGGCGUCCUCCUGGUGAUGAGCUGGUGGCGUUUCGGUUCAGUCAUGGCCUGCGUCAUCGUGGUCGGACUGAUGCUCGGCUUCCUCAUCGCCUCCACGGUCCUCUUCACUCCUCUCGGCGACCUCGAGGUGUUCAGGCGUUCGGAUACGGUUUUCUGGGUGACGUUCUGCUGCAUCAUGAUUGUCGCUCCGCUCUUCUUCGUGCGUUGGCCCAGAGAGGGUAACAUCAUCACGUGCGGCGUCGUCGGCGCUUACGCUGUGAUUCUGGGCGUCAACGCCUACUUUUACACCAGCCUGUCCUACAUCACGCUGAACAUCCUCAAACGCUUCCUCAACAACAACUACAGCGCCGCGUUCACCGACAUGCCCUUCCAAGCCAUCGACUACGUCAUGAUCACGGUGUGGGUGGUGCUCGGCGUCUGCGGCAUCGUCCUGCAGCUGUACCGCGAGCGCUGCCGCCCGUUCUUCCCGCCCAGCCCGUACCUCAUGUGGCUGCAGGAGCGCGAGCGGCGCACGACCAACGUCCUGGACCCGAGCCACCACUUCCCCCCGCUGCCCAACCGCCUCCUGGCCAGAGCGCGGCAGCUCACCAAGAGGAUGGAGCCGGCCGGAGAACACACGCCGCUGCUCCUGUAAACCUCGAGGCACCCCUCGGAUUACAUGUUAACAGUCGGGGGUCUUAACCGAGAAGAGGAGAAGAUCCCUGUGAUGCGUUUUAUAAACUGUGGAGAGAUCUUGGUGAUCUGGAGGAAUAUUGUCCCCAGAUCAGCGGACUGAAAGACGGUCGUAGACGUAGAAACGCAGCACCAAGAGGGAGGGAUUAUACCGCUGACGCUCUCCAGGUGGAUUUUUUAAAAUCUCGUACAAAGUUUCGUACAAAGACAGUGACCUUUUUUUCCCUGAACGCCACUUUUAUUUAACACUUGAAGACAUUUUAACCACUGAAACUGUUCAUGAAGAACUAAAGUUUUAUCAUUGAAUGUCUCAAACGUAGCCGUUGGUGCUUUAUGGUGUCUGUUGCUUCUUGCACUAAAGUCACAAACUACUAACUUUUAACAAAGCGAGGCAUUUUAUCUGUUGGAUUGACGCAACAACGUAUUUGAUAUCUACUUUUUGUCGCCCUGCUGGCAUCUAAAGAAACUGCGUUCACUCAGUUUUAAACUACACACUCAGGCCAGACUUUAAUGAAGACUACUACGUACCUUAAAGUUGAUUUAAAGCUUUUUAAUUGAACAGAUAAAGUUUGUGUGAUGAUUCGAUGUCUUAGACUAAACUCUAAAUGUGCCAUAGGAAGUCAUGAUAGUACGGAAGCCCUGAAAGGCAAGUGAGAAUUUUUAUUUUUUUCUGGUGAUCCAUUUUCUAAGUCUGAUCUAAAUCAUUUUCUUUCCCGUGUUUAUGACUUGAAAAAAAAGUUUUUUCCAGGAUAAUCUUUCAAAGUUCCUUUUUUUUCUGUGACACAAGUGAAAGCUUAGUCUGAUUUAGAACAUGGGGUAGUGUUUUUUUUCCACCUGUUUUCACUAAGAGGCAAAGAAAAAAAAAGUAACUUAGAAAAAUCUGCCUAAAAAA